AGGCAUAUUCCCUUAUUUUUGCUUGUCAGGCAACAUUAUUUAUAAACUGUGUACAGCCAAAACAUGUCGCAUCGACAAUAUAGAUCAGAUUCAAAUCAAAGAUCGAUACUAUCAAAGUAGCAGGGCUUCACUUGGAGUUUACUUCUGUCUGUCCCUACGAAAAAGACGCACCGCCUACGAAGCCUGCGACGGAAGCUGCAGCUGCAAGACAACACUGAGGGAAAACAUCUACCUCGGAUCCACAACGACCCGCCAAAUUACAAAGCUAACAGAGUGGAGUUAUGAGGAUUGUUUCUGUCACUUUUGUCUGAGUGUUCACGGUGAAGUUCAGAAUGGCGACGUGGGGCGACGUUGAGCUUCUCACCAGCGAGGACACGAGCACGGUGCGGUGCUUGGGGAGCGUGUCCCGGGAGGAGAGUGGCAGCGGCUUGUAUCAGGUGGACACACUGGUCAAGAUCUCCACUGCCAACGAGGUGCAGACGGAUCCCUGCCUCUCCUCCUCCAGUGGUUCAAACUGGAGCAUCGUUGUUGCUGAUAAGACUGUCAUCCUGUUUGACCAGAGUUAUCAGACCAUCCUGUUGCUGCUUCACUUUGAAACUGAUGUGGACGCUAUUGAUGCGUGUCUGGAAGGACAGUUUCUUGUGGUCUGUGAAAGAAAUGGAAAUCUUCAUUUGAUCUAUGUUCCCCAAAAGAGAAUUCUUCUCACCAGGGCUUUGGUAGAGAAACCAUCCAGUGGAGAUAAGAAAACAUAUCGCUAUCUCAUCAUAGAAGAGGACAAAGCAUCGUCAGGGAUGUACCAUGUUUUCCUUCUCAUUAAGGAUGGGUUUUUCCACAUCACAAACCUUGCUUUGGCAAAGAUCGAGACAGCCAUUGAAAAAAUGGAUUUGGGAGCUUUGAAAGAGCUUCAGUCUCUCAUCAAGAUAGACUUCUGCUCCACUGAGGAUUACCACGAUGAGGGCUGUAGUACUGCAGUGAUGUAUAAUGUGGGCAAUGAAAUCCACUUACUGAUUGGGGGGGAUAAGGAAAAUGUCGUGACUCACUGGAUGAUGGACCCUCAUCAGGCCAAGAUGAGUCUUGCUCAAUCCGUCAACAGUAACUUAAUUCCAGGUGUGAGAAAAAUGGUGGUGGUGGAAAAUCUCUUGUAUCUCCUUGACACUGAGGACGUCCUGAGUCUCUGGGACCUGCAUUUCCUCGUCAUGAUUCAUUGUUGGCCUGAUCUUGUCAUUCACGACUUUGAACUCACCACUGAAUGUGGCUCUGCUUCUAUGGUGGCCCAAGACAAGGGCAGCAUGAAGAUGAUCGCACUGACAAAGCAAGACAGCAGUCAGAUCAACUCACUACAAAUUCGACUUCUGCCCUCCAUGACGAUUUGCUACUCUCUGGAUGUCUCCUCCGUCUCUUGUCUUGUCCAGACAAAGAUAAACAUGGACACAAUUUAUUUAGUUGAGGGGAUUUGUCAGGACCCAGAAAGUAGUGGAGGAGAGAAUAUAUCCUCUGUUGUUGUCAGAUGCUUCACAGAGGCGUUGCCUGAAAACAGACUUAGCAGACUUCUUCACAAACACAUGUUUGAAGAGGCUGAGAAGUUUGCCAUCACAUUUGAGCUCGAUUUAGAGCUUGUUUAUAAGGUGAAGCUUGACUUUGUGCUGGAGCAGCUGGCCUCUGCAUCAGUGGGUGGAUAUGGACAAGAUGUGUGGUCUGAUCUUGUGGAUGAGGCCAAAACCAACCUGAUGAAGAUCACAGAUGAGCAGUAUGUGGUGGAAUACUGCCUCAAAGCACCAUGGCCAACCUUUGACACAGCAGAGAAGAUGCUAAACCACGCUGCCACUCGAUAUUCGUCUUUACAGAUCCAAGAGGCCUUGGCCAGACUGGCAACGUUCUGUAGCCUCUACAGCCUGGAAAAUUUCAAUGGCAUUGCCUGGAUCGAGUUUCUGAACAGCACCGACAUUUUAGGAGACAUUCUGACGCACCUAAGAGAAGGAGACAUGAAGGGUGCUCAGCUCCUUUGGCUCAGAUAUGAGGGUCAGGUUGGAUUGGAGUUUGAUGAGUGCCAGCUUGAAGCUGUGCUCAGUGCCAUCCCAGAGGACGUGAAGUCCCAAGAUCUCUGUCCAUGGUUUAGGACAGUUUUUGUUCCCUUUGUGAGGAGAGUUCUCCCAACAGGACAAAGAAUCCUGGCAAGAUGGCUAGAGCAGAGGGCGAGGAAUCUGGAGCUGACAGAAAAGGGAGCUUGGCCACAGAAUGGGUUUGACUUGGCAGUGCUUGGACUGCCCUCUUUAUGGACAUGGAUGAAAUCUGAUGAUAAUUACGGUGCAGAGGAGAUCGAGAAUCUCAAGUCUCUGGUGUCGAACCUUCAUCGGCUGCUGGACCUUCACCGCAAAUACAGCUGCAGACUUUCACUUUCCGUCUUUGAGAAGGGAAGUGUACGGAGCGUCGCAUUCUUCAUGCUGGACAAAGUGUUGGCUCCAGAGCUGAUCGCUGCCACAGUGGAAAACAGCAUCCUGCCCUAUGCUGAAGAGCAUGACAUUCCUUUUGAUGAGCUACUUCUGCAGUAUAUCAAGGAUCUGCUGGAGCGCUGCAGUUCUCAGACCACGACACUUUUCACAGAGUGGGAAGCUAAAGCAGUGGCUGUACUUGGCUGCAUGACAGAUACUGACCUGAUGGUGGAUGCUGUGCUGGAGAUCAUGCAGAAAGCUGUCGUACCCUGGAGUAAUGUGGUGGAAAAACUGGUUCAGCAGUACCUUGAGAUGGAUGGACCAAAACAAGAGCUUCUCAAGGAGAGCUACCGUCUGAUGGAGAUAAGGAAACUUCUCCGUGGCUAUGGGAUCCGUAACUUCAACUUGUCUAACAACACUCAAAUUUUGACACUGAUUAGAUACAUCCUGAAGCAAGACUUGCCAAUGUCUUUAGAAGACUCCCUGACACUUGCAGAGGCGUACAAACUUCCAACCUCCCAGAUAAAUUAUUUGUAUCUCAUCCAGCUGAUUGGUCAAGGCAAGACUGAGGAAUGCAUGACGGUCCUGAAGAGGCUGGCGUCUGCAGAGGCAGAAAUUGUGUUUGAGCGUCUCACAUCCUGGGCUCGGCUGCAGCUGGAGGACAAAGCCCACAUAUCUGACGAGCAUAAGAAGCAUAAGAUGGUCAUAGCUCAGGUGAUGGUGGAGGCUCUGAAAUACCUGCACAUCAUCCAAAAACAUGAUGCUCUUAAAAGCAUGGAGUGUGAGAACAACCUCAUCAUGUUCAAGGCGAUCGCCAACCUACAGGAGGACUUUGAUGUUUUCUUCACACCAUCUAACUAUGAGGAUCCAGACAUGAGAAAACAGAUCCAGGACCAUCAUAUCACAGCCUAUGAAAACACACGUGGUCGCCGUUCAUCUAAGGGCAAAUCUAUGACAACUCCGGUUGUGGCUAACGAUCCAGAUGGGAAAACCAAGACGAUAUCCACAGAAGCUGGAUUACGUCGUCUAGGAAGACAGCUGCAGCGCACUGAACAGGAGCUCUGGUCUGACUUGGCCCUCCGAGCGUUAAGAGUGGGAAAGGUGGACAAGGCCCUCAAGAUCCUCAGUGAGCUGUAUGAACACCACUGUAACACCAGCACAGGGAAAGUUUUGUUCACUGCUGCCAAGACAUUAUGUCAGAUGCUUGAAGCAGAUGUGCCAAUGGUGCUUCCUGAUAACACAGACUUGCCAGCAGUCAUCCAUGAUCUGGCCUGUCAGGCCAUCACUGUGUGCCAUUCAGAUUUGCUCCUGGACUGUCUGGAGCUUUGCAAGUGCACACGGAUAGCCAUGGAUGUCUAUCAUCAGUGUCAGUUAUCAGACAACUAUGGUUUUAUAGCAAAGGAUUUGACCUUGGAGGCAGAAAAAGAUCCACAUUCUCAAUGGAGUUUCCAAGACGUUUUUAAUGAAGACUGCAUUGUUCUGGACCCAGUGUCAGUGCUCCCUGUCCAGUAUGAAAUUACUAACUGCCUGCUGCCGGUAUCUUGGGAUGCCAAACUUCACCCACUGGACUGUUCCUGUCUUUCCCACUGCUCAUUUGAAGAUGGUUCAAACUACCUGCGGCCCCUCCUGGGUCCUCUAGCCAACAUGUUACAGAUGUUGCAGGAGUGCAGUCAGCUGGAGCUGGCUCUCAGAGUGCUGGUCAACUCGUAUGGCAGCUGCCUGCAGCACGUCACCUCCAAUGUUAUGGACAUAAAGCUAAGCAUGCAGCUUUAUGAUACCAAAGAGCUUAAGAAGUACAAUAUAUGCCUGAAUGAUCUCCAAAAGUCAACCACAUCCUCACUAAAUGCCGUGGCUGUGGCUCUUUUGAACAAGGUGUUUAACUGGAGAGUGGUCGAUUGUGAUCUGGCCAUUGGCCUCUGUACGCUCCUAUCCAAAGCAGAAGUCUUCAAAACACUGUGGAAGGUUAUUGACAACACCUGGCAAAACUAUGACAAAAUCCUGGCUGUGGCAAGAAUCGGAGCCAAUCUCUGCUGUUUGUACAAUGAGCCAGAGGAACAAGAGAAGUUUCUUUCUGUCAUCACUGAUGCUGACUGGGGCAUCAAGCUUGGAAAAUUAGAGAUUUCCAUCCAGCCAGUGUUCCGUCAGCGGCCUGAGAUGAAGAGUAGUCUGAUCCCAGUCCUGGUGAAGAACAAGAGAAUCACUCCAGACAUUAUUCUCCAGUACUGCAGCACUUUUGGUUUGGACCGUGACAGUGUCAUCAACCAGUACAUUACCACCUUACUGCUGCUCCAAGAGGACGAGGAGGGUGCUGGUGACUCAGUUGCAGGCCAGAUGGAGGUGCAGCCUCUGUGUCCUUCAGAUGCCCUGGAGCGAGUCCUGCAGAUAAUCCCAAUGUUACACAGCACCAGCAAGCUGACUGAAAGUCUCUGUGCUGCCCUUUUCAAGCUCAGCCCUUACAACUAUGAGAGGAUUGAAGUAGUGCUGAAGAUCAUACAGGCUGCAGAUGACAAUGUCACCAGCUUUUCUAUAAGUCAGGCCAUGGCCCUUCUUCAGCACCUGAAAUCCUACAUGCGAGUCUCCCCUCCAUCAGACAUGGAGAACACUUAUCUCCUGGAAAACUGCCUCAUUCCGAACCACUUGUCCAACAGCAGACUGCCCUUCCACCUGCUGAUGCAGACCAAACAUUACUGGAAGAUCAUCUGUCCUGAGCUCAGUGAGGAGACCUUCCCCACUCUUCUUCUCAUUAGCAAACUGAUGAAGGUGAGCAUUGACAAGUUAUACAUGUCGGCAGCAAACUAUGUGUUUGAGAAGAAGAUGAAGCCUCUACUCUUGGAGCAGAGGAAAAAAGGUCAAAAUCAAGGCUAUAAGAAGGAGACUUUCAAGGUGGCUAAAACCAUGAUGAAGUACAUCCACUGCAUCCAGAGUACAGAGUGGGCAGCGGCCACUGCCCACAAAAUCACCCAGGAACUGCCACCAGGCAAGGAGAAGGCUCAUUCACUCAGGUUCUGUUUGGGUCUUGGGGAUGCAUGGCUGAAAGAUCCAAACCUUGAGGAGUCAGCGAGGGCCCGAGGGGAGACCUUUCUUACCAAGCUGAAGCUGCAGUUCCAGCGUUCGGCCACUGAGAAUACAUUGAUUGCCAACCAGCUGAACAGCCCAGAGCAUCUGAAACUGACCGGGAUGCCAGCCAGGCUCAUAGUGGCCCUGUAUGAGCACAGCAGCGUGGAUCUGCGCUACAAAGAGUCGGGAGGUCAAACCUAUCCUGACAUCCACACUGUGGUUAAAGAAAUAGCUGCAGUCAACAACGUAGAUCUCCUUAAAAUCCGGAACAUGAUGUUGGAAAAGUGGAUCUGCAAAACGGGCCCUGUUGUUGUUAAGGAUAUUGGUAAUCAUGAAUGUGUCAGCAACAUUGAGGAAGACCCAGACUUAAUGAGGGUGGUGUACAUGCUGCAUUCUUUGCCCGUGGAUGAAGCGGUCCGUCUUCUAAAUCCUAUCCUAUCUGCUGAAACCUGGCCCCUCAGUACUUCUGGGCCUCGGUUGACCUUCUGCCAUCGGACUCGAGCGCUGCUUUGCCUCGUUCGUCUCGUUGAUGCCGAUACACUGGAGGCUCGGUUACAGAUCCCCAGGACCAAAAUCCACAGCUUUUACUUGAAGUGCUACAUCUUUGUCUCUCAACUGGAGGCAUUGAACAUCCCCUACACGGUGCAGUCUUUCCUCAGUAGUCCCAAAGAGGGCUUAGUGAAAGGGCUGUGGAAGAAUCACAGUCAUGAGCCACAGGCGGUGCGUUUAGUGGCAGACCUGUGUUUGGAGUAUCAGGUGUAUGACCCUCAGCUGUGGAACAGUCUGCUUCAGAAGCUGCUCAGCUUCAACUUGAUCAGCCACCUUCAGAGGGUGCUAGAGGCAGUUGUAGCUGUGCCUACACUGUGGGAGAUUACUAGUUUCACCAGGACCUGGAGGAGUAUGAUACUGGCACCUUUUGUCUCAGCUUCUGUUCCUCUGAGUCCUGAUCAACAGGAAACACUCUACAGGACCUUUGUUCUCCUCCUCAAGUGCCCUUUCCUGUUGAAUUUGGAUCUGAUAGGAAUUGCAAAUCGCUUUGCACAGUUCAAUCUGCCCGCCUUUGCCCUGGGAACUCUCCUUCUCAUCCCCUGUGCCAAUAAAAAGGCUCAGCAGAUCCAGGGCUUUCUGUCCGUCUGUAGCCCGGUCACCGUCCUUGAGCAGGUGGAGGAGCUUAUGACCACUGGUGAACUGGCUGGAAUCCCCUCAAAGAUCAGGGAAACUGUUCUAACUUUCAUCAGCCAAAAUGGGCAGCACCAGAAACUGAUGAGGACCAAACACUUCAAGCAUCUGAAGGAGCUCAUGGUGUCAAGUGGCCACCCCGAGCAAGUGAAAGACCUGGUGGACUACCUGAUCAGCCAGAACUGUCAGGAUGAUGCUGAUUCGCUCGUUCGUGAGUACAUUAAGCACAGAGAGCAUCAGGGAGGGAAAACGCUGACAAACGGCUCCCCGUCACCAAGCUGCAUGAAGGAGUUUCUCCACAUGCAGAAUGGAGGUUCAGGAUGAGCUGGAUGGAUUCUGUCUGUACAUUGUAUCAUUUAUCAUUCACUUGGUCCAUCUGGAGCAGUGACGCAAUAUUUGCACUUAACAUUUAUCUUUGAAUUGUUCAUGUAAUAUCUGAAUAAAUGUCUUUCAUUAUCGGCAA